AUGUUGCCCCUAGCCUCGCUGGCGGCCACCAUCUGGCUGGCCACCCCGGCCCGCGCCAGCUAUGCCUUCUACGUGGGCAAAAACCUCACCGCGGACGGCAGCGUCCUCGUCGGCGGCACCGGCGAGGAGGUCUCGAGCCACUGGCUUCAGCUCUUCCCGGCGCGCGACCACCCGUCCAACGCCACCGUCACCGUCGGCGUCACCUCGGCCGCCACCUUCCCCGGGGAGCUCAUCCAGAUCCCGCAGGUGAACCACACGUUCCGCUACCUGAGCAUGGAGUACUCGGACUACGAGGGGUUCCCGGCGCCGCUGACGAACGGCGGCCUCAACGAGAAGGGCGUCGCGGUCCGUGACGUCUGGGCCGACAACCGCCAGGAGCUGCUGGACAUGACGCCGAAUCCGCAGCAUGGCCUGCAGUACAGCGACCUGGCGCGCAUCGUCAUGGAGCGGGCCAGCACGGCGCGCGAGGGGGUUGAGCUCAUCGGCGAGCUCAUCAAGGCGUACGGUGAAUCCACGUACGGCGGCAACUCCCACCUCAUUGCCGACAAGGACGAGGGCUGGGUCGUCUGGGAGAUGGCGGGCGGCGCCGGGCUCUGGGCUGCGCAGCGGCUGGGGCCCGACGAGGUCAGGGUCUCCUACCCGGGCUACAUCGAGGACUUCCCCGUCGACUUCGCCGGCAACCCGGACUUCCUGGGCUCCGAGAACAUCGUGUCCUUCGCGGUCGACCAGGGCUGGUGGAACUCCACCUCGGGCAAGCCGUUCAACAUCUUCGACGUCUACGGCCCGCAGGACGCCAGGUACAAGGCCCGCGACGGCGGCUACAAGUACAUGUCGCAGGCCGCCCUGGAGGACGCGACCCUCGCCAUGGCGCCGCUGACCGAGGCGAAGCUGAUGCAGCGCGUGCGCGACCACCGCAUCGCCGACGACGAGGCGGGCUACGGGCAGGUCGUGCGCCUGCACGCCGACGUCGCCGACAGCGACAUGCUGCGCGUCUGGAACGCGCCCACGGGGUCCGUCGCGGCGCCCUUCACGCCCUGGUGGCUCGGCGUGCAGUCGAUCCCGCCCGAGUUCGGCGAGCACCGGUACCUGACCACGGGGGCGUCGAGCAGCUUUCUGAAUCCGGACUACCAGCUCCAGGAGGCGUCCGUCUUUGCCGGGCGGGUGUUCAAGCGCGUGCUCUACUACAUGUGUUCGGACCCGAACCAGUACCUGCCCGUCGUGACGGAGAUGCUGACGCGGUUCGAGAACCGGACGCGUGGGCAGGUCGAGGACUGGGUGGAGAAGUCGGCAAAUCUUCUCAUCAAGGAGGGUCAGCGCGAGGCUGCGCAGUCUUUGCUUACCUUCUACGCCCACUCGCGGGCUGCAGAGGCCUUGGAGAUUGGGCACACGCUGAACAAUGCGCUGGACGGGUACAUCAAACUCACUGGGCAAUGGCGGUCGCCGGUGGGCAGUGAAAUCAACGACAGCGGUGAGGGCAAUGAGACCGUCAACUGCCUGGUUGGAUAUGACCCAGACCAGCCCGAAGACUUGCAGCCAUCCACAGCUCAAAAGCGAUUGCUAGGCCUGUGA